AUGACAGCCUGUGGUAGUGGGGAGGGAUUCGGGGCAGUGACCUGGUGGGGAUUCAGCCCAGCAAUGGAUUUCCAAGAAAAAGGUUUAACUGCUUCAUUGGAAGCUCUGAGCUCAAAAGAAGACAGUGUUCCCGAACUUAAUGUUCUCAUGGUUGGUGCUGGAGAUAGCCGACAUGUCCUAACAACUAUUUCCCGAAAUCAUCACUGGCCACGGAGAAAGAUUAAUUUCUACAUUGUUGAGAAUAACUUGGAGCUUAUAGGUCGACAUCUUCUUUUUCUUACCAUUGCUUUGGAACCUCCAGAACAGAUGGGUUUACGAGAAAAGUGUGAACUCCUGCUUGAGUUGUUUGGGAAUAGUCUGAUACGGAGUCAGACUGCAACCUACCUGCAGGACAAAGCUAACCUCUUCAUUCACUAUAUAACAGAUCUUGAUUUCCUUCAUAAGAAACUGCCAAUGAUUGACAUGUCCGGCCUGAAGUUUAAAGAGCGAGAUCAGUUGGAAGCAAUUUUUAAAUUCUGGAGGAAUCCAGAUCAGAAGCUCUUUCAGAUCAAUCGGUUGUGGGAUAUGCGAAACAGGCAAUACCUGGGCAACCGAUAUGACUCUAGGAUCGGUGUUUAUGAUUGGGACUUACAUAUGAAAUUGUAUGAGCGAGGGGCUCGUAUAAUAAACAAUCGACAAUACUAUCAAUGGAGAGAUAAAGGGUUGGCAUUUGAAGUUCGUGAGGGACUAUAUGAUGUUCCAAACAAAUCUCUGGCUUCUGGGCUGCUUAUGAAUUACAAAGGGGAGAAAGUUCCUGCGCGUGGCUACUGGGGAGAUAUUGUCACAAGCCCAUACAUCGCAUUUGGAAUUGAAACAGAAGAGCAAUCCCUUCUAAAGACAGCAAAUGGUGUCCAUGUAAAGACAGCACAGGAUGUCUCUCAGUAUAACAUAACAGCCUUACUCCAUGAACUGGUUGCCAAGGAGAAAUAUGCACUGCCAACAGAAAAGGCCACCUUGCAUGAGAUUACAGAAGAGGAGGAAGGUGGAAUGGAGAAUGACUCUUCUAACAUAAAAAAUGAAUCGACUCAUACACGUCAACAUCCAGAGAUUGUGACAGAAGAAGGAACAAUGAAGCAAAGCAAUGAUUUGGACGGCACAAACUCCAGUGGAGGCCACUGUGCAGCUGAAUACGAUUACGUCCCCUUGCCUGAUGUAAAGAUUCAUUUCCUACCAAUGAACUGUGUAACAGAGCUUCAUAAGAAGAGCAAUUACUGUGAGAGGUUUAAUGUGAUCUACUUUUCUUGCAGUAUGCUUCACCAGUUAAAACCAGAGUUGAAGCAGAUUGCUGCACCACGAGCAACUCUCAUAGUGGAACUACCAAAGUUUAUGCUAGAUCUGCGCAAAGAAGUGAUGACUAAGUUUGCCAGCAGUGCAACUGAAAUGGCAAAGAAGGCAGGCUUUGUGCCUUUUGGGAACAUAGAUGAGGAGAAGGAUUCCUUUGCACGUUUUGAAUUAAAGGAUGGUCCAUAACUUUGAUUUAGCCAAUGUGAGGCUGGUGUUAGCUGAGCAAAACAGAAGUAGCAAACAAUUCUGUUAUCACGGACUGAUCUUUCCUAUUGCUUUUAAAAAUGGAGAUGAUAAUGGCACAUUCUGAAGAGAGCACAUCAGAUUUUAGCACAUGAACUUCAUCAUAAAACAGCCAGCUGAAUGAUUAUCAAUUUAAGCUUGUGGUGCUGUGAUUAUUGUUUAUUACAAUUUCUGCACCAAUGGACAAAGUCUGACAGUAACUGUAUAGUCUGAAAACAUUUAAUUCUAGUUGAAUGUUUCCCAGUUAUUCCACCAAAGUUGACUAAAGUUAUUUAGGACUAAGUCAGGCUUCUCCUAGGAAAGAAAUAAGCCCAACAUCAGGGACUUCUGCCUGCCCUCAGCUUUUCAUCUUUAUUUUACUUCCCAACCUUGUGUUCUUAAUUCCCUUCCUCUCUCUCUCUCUCCUGUGUUAUGUCUUUUAUUUGAUCCCUGCCUGUGAAUUUCUCUUGGGACGUCUUGCUAAGCUUGAGGAGAGCCAGAGAAAUUAAACUUAAUGCUCCAAGAAUGUGGUGUCUCCAUUCUGUAGUGCCUACUGUGCUACUUUUAAGUACAAUUGGAAAUAUUGCCAGAAUCCAUACAUCCUGUCAGAUUCUUUGGGGACAGUUGACUGAAUGGCUGGUUUGCAAUGCAGAGUGACACCAACAAGAUGGCUUUAAUUUCUUCACUGACUGAGGUUACCACGAAGGACUCUCCUUCUCAACCUCUCUCUUCACCUGAAGUGUGGUGAUCUCCAGGUUAAACUAUCAUCAGUUCUCUCUCUCUCUAAUGAAAGCGCAGCUUUAUGGUCCUCUAGGGUGAUGGUGAUUUCAUUUACCCUUCAUUUAUUCAAUUAGAUUAUUAUUUGUUUAUCUUAAUUUCUUAUUACCUUUAUUUAAGGCAAAAUAGGCUUUACAAAAGUGUUCGUACUUAGUGGUAUAGACUUGUAUUGUUUUGAAAGGUUGACAGGUUUCUUCAUUUAAGAUUUAUACAGGAUGAGGUGACCAGACAGCCGAACUUCUAUGUCAUCACUUUCUCAGAGUAUUCAGAGUGGAAACAAUAUUUACAUGUCGAUGCAUGGGUGUAAUCAUUUGGUCUUUAUAUUUCUGUUUCCUCUUGUGAGCAUUGUAAGUGACUCUGCUACUUAUUUAUCAGCUAUCUGUACUGUAUCUUUAACAUAGCAGCUAUGUCCAAUGUGUCUCAUAGGAGACACAGAGCAAUCAGAGAAGAUUUAGGGAAGUAUUUGAAGACUUGGUCAAAGUUUUCUUUUAGGAAGGAUUUGGAGGAUAAAUGAAGUGCUAAUCUCAGAGACAGAGUACUAGACAGUAGAACUAGGAUGGUUGAAAGCUCUCAGUGAUUGGCAAGUAAAUGGUGAAUUGUAACCCAAUUUGCUGGGAAGUAUGUACUAGUUGUAAGCCAUUACAGUCAAGAAAGAUCUUGAAAGAAAGACCUCUUCAGUUAAGACAAACGGAUAUAUGAUGAACUUUUGGUGAAGGGUUAACAUGGAGGAUACUAUAUCAGGUUUCCAUUAUAUCUCUUUCUCUCAAUUACCCUUUGUAUUGAAGUCAGUUGGAGGUAUAUUUUCAUAAAUAGUUGGAAGUGGAAGUGAAAGUUGGGCAACUUGAUUGAGCUACAUGUUUAACUGUUGGCUAAUCCAACAUUGCCCAUUUUAUACUGUUGCAUUCACUGUUCGAUUACACCUAAAUCAAAUGAACUUAGCUUGGUAGCAUCACGGUGUGUGUGACAGGAGAAUUUUCAGCUGAAUUGUUAAGCGAUAUAACUUUCACCAUUUCUUAUCAGAUGGACCAUGCUGUAACAUCACUGAAGCAAAUCAAUGAACAUAGAUAGGGCAAUAUUAUUCAUGAAUAGAUACAUUGCUCACUGUUUUGUAUCUUUACGAAGCAGCAUCCAGAUGUACAGUGUGGCAAAUACAGACAGUGGAAACCAGGCAUGCUUGAAUCUGGACUUGGGAAAAUAAACUCUGUGUGCAAUACUUUAACAUAUGCAUCAAGUUCGUUCAUUGGCCUCCAAUUGCAAAUCUGAUUUUUUUCUGAAUGGUUGAUCGCAGCUAAGACAGUCAGCACUACUUAAAAUUAAGAUGCACCUGAGCUUUUUUUAAACCUUUUAUUUUAAGAAGAGGAGAAAUUUACAUAAAGCUUUAAGAGAACAUGAAAAGUGUACAUUAAGGGUUGAGGACAAAUGGGUAGCUCUUUCAAGGUGCUAGAAUGGCAGUGGGCUGCAUUGUCACUGGGGGGAGUGUUACUCAAUUAAUAAUCCAGAUGUCCGCGCUCAUAGUCUGAUGAUGUGGGUUUGAAUUCCACCAGAUGAUGAAAGUGGAAUUCAAUAAAACUGGGAAUUAGAAACCAGCCAAAUGGCAAUGAUGUAACU